UGGUAGUCCAAUAGAUGGGCCAUGAACAUCUGGCGGUCCAGAGUAGCGCCUCUGUCCUUGGCUCAGCCUUGGGCGGGGGGGGGGGGCGGUGUUCCCGGCUGCACACAGUAGACCCCCCCCCCACGCCCCCUUUCCAACCUGGGCCCGCCGCCUUCUCUUCUCCGGAUGAGCUGGUGUCCUGGACAGGGCGGAGCUAAGACUCCGCUCUCUGCACGUGCUCAGAGGCCUCUCGGGGAGGGCGGAGCGGGGGCCGGCCCCUUUGCAGCUUCUCCCCGCCCAGCCCGCGACGCUCCCUCCCCCUCCUGCUCCCUCUCCCGGCCGACGGCGAUGGGGAUCGCCAAGCUGGCCGAGCUGAUCAAGGACGAAGCCCCGGAGGCGGUGCGCGCAGUCCCGCUGGAGCGCUACCGCGACAACGUUGUGGCCCUGGAUGCUUCUGUCGCUUUGUACCAGUUUCGCACGGCCAUGCCAAAGAUCGUGAAUCGCGAGGGACAGAAUAUCAGUCACUUGCAGGGGCUGUUUUACCGAACACUGUAUCUUCUGGAAAAUGGCAUCAAACCUGUGUACGUCUUUGAUGGGCGGCCGCCGGAUCUAAAGGAGCCUGUGGUUCGUCAGAGAGAUUUCUGA